AUGAUGCCGAGGCUAAAAGGUCUCACCUUCCUGCUUCUGCUCCUCCUCCUCGUUCUCUGCUCCGGCGUUCAUCAAUGCGACGCGAGGAGUGGCAAGCGCUGGAGUUGGAGGCGAAGCAGCAGAGCACCGUCCACCUCCGCGCUCAGGAGAAAAGGGAAAGCGAAGAGCAGCAGCAGCAGCUCCCACAAGCAGAACGGCAAAGGGAGUCAGAGUCCACACCAGCCCAGCCCGGCACCUCCUGCUAGCCCGAGCGGAGACCCUGUGAAGGGCAAUGGAAGCCAGGCUCCUCCAGCAAUGCCGGCACCUAGCGGCGGCGGGUAUGGAUACCCACUGCCGCCUCCACCGCCGCUGCAGACCUCACCAGCGGCACCUUCACCACCAGCGGCGCCACCGUCACAAAAUACAGUCUUUAACGUGGUGGAUUUUGGAGCCAAGGGUGAUGGAGUUACUGAUGAUACUCAGGCCUUUCAAGCAGCAUGGGCAGCAGCAUGCAAGGUGGAGGCAUCUACAAUUCUUGUACCAUCUGAACUUCAGUUUGUUGUGGGCCCAAUCUCAUUCUCUGGGCCUUACUGUAAACCAAAUAUUCUAUUCCAGCUAGAUGGAACUAUUUUAGCUCAAACCAGUGCAAGAGCGUGGGGUUCUGGUUUGCUUCAAUGGCUUGAGUUCACAAAGCUAACUGGAAUAGCAAUCCAAGGCAGUGGUGUAAUAAAUGGCAGGGGGCAAGAAUGGUGGACAUAUUCAGAUCCAAAUGACGAUGACAACGACGACGCAUACUAUGUGGAGCUAGACAAGAUGCCACAGAUUAAACCUACGGCACUGAGGUUUUAUGGCAGUUCCAAUGUCACAGUAACUGGGAUAACGAUUGUCAACAGCUCCCAGUGCCAUCUCAAGUUCGAUAGCUGUCAAGGAGUCAUGGUUCACGACUUGACCAUCUCUUCCCCUGAGAAUAGUCCCAAUACUGAUGGAAUACACCUGCAAAACUCCAAAGAAGUCAACAUUCACCACACUAACCUGGCUUGCGGUGAUGACUGUGUUUCCAUACAAACAGGAUGCAGUGAUGUAAACAUACAUAACGUGAACUGUGGACCAGGACAUGGGAUCAGCAUUGGUGGUCUAGGGAGGUACAACACAAAAGCAUGUGUAUCCAACAUCACCGUAAGAGAUGUUAAAAUGUUCAGAACAAUGACGGGUGUCAGAAUCAAGACUUGGCAGGGCGGUUCAGGGCUGGUCCAAGGCAUAAGGUUCUCAAACAUACAGGUUUCAGAAGUGCAGACACCUAUCAUAAUAGAUCAAUUCUACUGCGACAAGACGACGUGCAGGAACCAGACAUCAGCAGUGGCCGUUUCAGGCGUUCAGUACGAGAACAUCAGGGGCACUUUCACGAUCAAGCCUGCCCACUUCGCGUGCAGCGACAGCUCGCCUUGUUCGGAGAUCACUCUCACCGGGAUACAACUCAAGCCACUGCUAGUGCCACAGUACCAUCUCUACAACCCCUUCUGCUGGCAGGCGUUCGGAGAGCUGUACACCCCCACCGUGCCUCCCAUAUCUUGCUUGCAGAUCGGCAAGCCAGCAGGGAACAGCGUGCUGUCUGACGGUGACCUUUGCUGA